AAAAAGGUUCUACAGAAAGGCCAAAGAAGCUUCUUUUCUGCAUCAAAAAUACCAGACCAUCAGGGCUAUAGACAAGAGUGUCUAUCCUGCAGUCUCUCUCUCUCUCUCUCUCCGUUCUCUACCCUCUGGUCUCUGUUCAUAUUAUCAAACCAAUUAUCCCUUCUUCUUCAUAUACUUCUUAGCCUUUUCCUUAAGCUAUAUUCGAGUUUCUUUGCAUUGUGUAACUUUGAUGUCUAUACCUCUGGAACAUAAUUACAUAGGCUUAACAGACACUUCUUCAAUGGAAAGAGGCUCUGACAAGCUUUCAUCUUCCUCUUCUUCCACUAUCUCCACUGAGGAUGAGAAGAGCUCUACUCUCAACCUCAAGGAGACGGAGCUCAGGCUUGGCUUGCCUGGGUCUGAUUCCCCAGAGAGAAAACCAGGACUGGGGGUCUCUCUUUUUGGCAAGGAUUUGGAGGAUAAAAAUAAUGGGUAUUCUCCGAGUCCUCUAAAGAAUCUCGUGUCUGGGUCUAAGAGGGGUUUCUCUGAUGCCAUUGAUGGGUCUUCUGGGAAAUGGGUUUUAUCUAUGAGUAAUGGAUCUGAGGUUGAUUUGGGUAAAGGAGCUGUCUUGUUCUCUACUAGAAGUGGAAAUGGUGGGAAGCCUCUUGUUGGUUUGGAGGGUAAGAAAAAUAACCAGCAGUCAUGUCUGUCCGCAAAGCCAACCAUGAAAGAGACUAGUUCUGUUCCUCAAUCUUCAAAGCCUGUUCAGGAGAAGAAGCCUCAGGUUCCUGCUGGUAAUGAACAUGGCAAUGCUCCUGCUGCAAAGGCACAGGUUGUGGGAUGGCCACCAAUUCGAUCAUUCAGAAAAAACACCAUGGCCUCCAAUUUGGCAAAAAAUAACGAUGAGGGUGAAGGCAAAACUGGAUCUGGAUGCCUUUAUAUAAAAGUUAGCAUGGACGGUGCUCCGUACCUAAGGAAGGUCGACCUUAAAACCUACAAAAAUUAUAUGGAACUCUCAGCAGCUCUCGAGAAGAUGUUCAGCUGCUUUACAAUUGGGCAGUGCGGUUCUCAUGGACUUCGAGGGCGAGAUGGCCUGAAUGAGAGUUGUUUGAGGGAUCUGCUCCAUGGCUCUGAGUACGUGCUGACAUAUGAAGACAAGGAUGGUGAUUGGAUGCUCGUUGGUGAUGUCCCUUGGGAAAUGUUCACCGACUCCUGCAAGAGGCUAAGGAUCAUGAAAGGUUCAGAUGCAAUUGGUUUAGCGCCAAGGGCCAUGGAGAAGUGCAAGAGUCGUGACUGAUGUGGAAGUAUCAGCCAGAGCAGAAGGGAGAGGGUACCUGAGGCAAUGAAAGCUCUGAAAGAAUUUUGAGUUUAGUAUUCUGUUUAAAAUCAUAUAUAUGUAUUUGAAAUGUUUUAGUUUUUGUGUAGCUCUGAAAAUUUUCCUGCAAGGUAGAAGAUUUUAACUGGAGACAUCCAGAUUAUCAUAUACAGUUUCUGUCGUCUUAGUUAUGUAUCUUUGAAUUCCAACUGCUGUGUAAAUGGAUUGCUUGAUGUUUGUAAA